AUGGGUGCGACCGGGCGCUGCCGCGGCACGUCCACGCCCCGCAUGUCCUGGGACGCCCUGGAUGCCGCCCUGGCCACGCGGCAGCCAGGCGUGGUGGACGCGCUACUAGAGGAGCUCGCCGCCCGCGGCGGCCUGCACGCGGCGCUCGCCGGCCGCGGCGCCGCGGGGCUGCUGCCGCUGCUGCGGCACCUCGCCAGGUACAUCACCGACCCCCGCCACGCCGCCACCCUGGCGGGCGUCGCGGCGCGCGUCAUCGAUAUAUACACGCCCAUCGUGCUCACAGAUGCAGGGGUGGAUGCCGCGCUGGGCCUGCUGCGCGACGCGUUGGCUGCUGAGGUGGCGCUGCAGGCCGACCUGAUGGCCAUCCAGGGGGCCAUAGAGCCCAUUCUGGCCGCGGGACUCGCAGCGGCGCCCGCGGCCGCGGCGGCGCGGUAG